AUGUCUGGUUGUCUGGACCAAAUCAGCUGCAACUGCAGUUUCGAUUUGGAAGGAAAGAGAAAUGCUAUAGCCUCCGUCGUAGCUGCUACUCUUUUUUCCGUUGCUUGGUGGCUCAUGAUCGACACGUCCGCUGUUUAUGGAAGGGCUGAUUGGAAUAAUGUUUACUAUAUCAUCACUGUGGGCAGCACCAUAGCCAUGUUCAUGGUCAAUGCUGUAUCAAACAGUCAAGUUCGCGGGGAAAGCCUUCAAGAAGGCCUGCUAGGAACAAAAGGAUCACGUCUUUGGCUGAUGGCGGCGUUCGUACUCUCUUUCGCUUCUCUGGUCGCAGCAACAUGGAUCCUAUUCAGCGACUAUGUCCUGUUGACGGGUGAUCAUCCUGUAUGGCCUGGAGUGGCUCUCUUUCUCACAAAUUUCAUCAUAUUUGCUUCCUCAUGUGUCUACAAAUUCGGUCGUACUGAAGAAAUGUGGGGUUAAGCUUAGAACCCACGACCAUGUAAAUUCAAAUUGCGCUCUGUGUCGAUGAUGUUAUAUCUACGAGCAUAAGUAUCA